UUUUUCUGGCGUCGUUCGCGCUUUAGUGUGUCGCCAAGCUCCAAAGCGUAUAGAUGGGGAUCGGUUCCGUAGUUUUUUCCGCAGCCGGCCUGCUGCUCCUCCUCGUAACGCCCUCGAAACAACAAGCUCCAUCGGGGAACAUUGGAUCCCAGUGGCGCGACGAUGAGGUCCAUUUCAACCGUACCCUGGACUCAAUUUUGGUGCCACGCGUCGUUGGCAGUCGGGGGCAUCAACAGGUGCGCGAGUACCUGGUACAAUCGCUGAGCGGCCUUGGCUUUCAAACGGAAGUGGAUGAGUUCAAGCAGCGAGUUCCAGUUCUCGGAGAGCUUACGUUCGCCAAUGUUGUGGGUACCAUAAAUCCCCAAGCCCAGAACUUCCUGGCUCUGGCCUGCCACUACGACAGCAAGUACUUCUCCAAUGAUCCGGGAUUUGUGGGGGCCACGGAUUCCGCAGUGCCCUGUGCAAUUCUGCUGAACACGGCAAAGACCCUGAGCGGGUAUUUACAGAAAGAGUUUCUAAAUCGCAACGACGUGGGACUUAUGCUCAUAUUCUUCGAUGGCGAGGAAGCCUUUAAGGAAUGGACCAAUGCUGAUUCAGUAUAUGGCUCAAAGCACCUGGCAUCCAAACUGGCUAAAACACGCAGUGGCUCUCAGAGUGCCAGCCAAGUUCAACUGGCCCCACGAAACAUAGAUCGAAUUGAAGUGCUGGUGCUGCUGGAUCUCAUUGGGGCAAAGAAUCCAAAAUUCUCAAGUUUUUAUGAAAACACCCAUGGAUUGCAUUCCAGUCUUGUGCAGAUUGAGAAGUCCCUGCGCUCCGCUGGUCAGCUAGAGGGCAAUAACAAUAUGUUCUUAAAUCGGGUUAGCGGCGGUUUGGUCGAUGAUGAUCAUCGUCCGUUCUUAGAUGAGAAUGUUCCUGUGCUGCACUUGGUGGCCACUCCCUUCCCAGACGUUUGGCACACACCUCGGGACAACGCCGCCAAUCUGCAUUGGCCUUCCAAACGCAAUUUCAACCGUGUUUUCCGUAACUUUGUUUACCAAUACCUAAAACGGCACACGUCUCCAGUGAAUUUACGUUUUUAUCGAACAUAGUUUUGUCUUAUGUCUAAGAUUUAUUAAGCAUAAGUGUAAAGUGUUUUCCGUUAAUUAAAAUGUCCUAAGGCAUGUAAAAUAGA